AUGUCAAAGCCAAAGACAUCAAGUUAUGGAAGGUCGAAAUUUCCUGACGAUCGCGAUUCCGAGUUAGCUAGCCCUGUAUUAGAUGUCGAACUUCUGGCAACUCGAGACGCAGGAGAUUACUGGACCAAGAAACUGCCUAAAAGGCAUAUACAUGUCAUAGUCGAACCACCCGUAUCAACCACUACUUCGAGCCGUGAGCUAGAACUUCAGAAGGAGUUGGAAUCACUCAAGAACAAUCACAGAGUAUUUACGAUUGAAGCUUCGUAUGGGAAGCAACGCAAGACUUUCUCGUGGCCGGUCGAUAUUAGUACAGUGACCCUCGAUACUAUGAAGUUAUCCAUCCUCGAAGUCCUCCCUUUUCCGCAGGAUACAAAGCCUGAGGAUUUAACCCUACGUUUCGCCAAAGCUGAUGAAAAGAAUUGUGAAGAGUUAGGUUUGGGAGACGAUGCCACAUUUCAGCAAUAUCUCAAGUCUUGUGCCGUGCAGGCGUCCUUUACUCUCAAAGUACAAAUCGAUACUGUGCAAAAACCAUUCUCCGAUUGGAAACUCAGUAAGGUAUGCGAACUCCUUGGCCUGGCGUCGGGCAUUGAUGAAUUUCCCACUUUCGAUUGCGGUAUCGACAAACUCGAUUCAGAAAAAGCAAAAGAUUUGAUGGCUCACCUUUGCAAAGAUCUGAGACUUCGUUAUAAAGCGAUACAUGGUGAAACGGAGGCCACUCGGAGUGAAUACGUCUCCCCCUUUCUUGUGACGGCCACAUCGCUUUUUGACGGAUUAGUAAAGUUAUAUCCGCAACUAUAUGUUGCAGGAAAAUAUGGCCGAGGUCCGCUCGAUUUCUGCUUAAGACUCCUUGGAGUAAUAAUCGGUGUUGUGGAAGUAAAAAAAGAAGAUUUUGACCAAGGCAUGGCCCAGAGUAAUGAAGCUUCCGUUUUUCAAGCCCAAAACUCAUAUUUGGAUAGCUCGCCAAAAUCUCAUAAUGAAUUACACGUCAAACAAAUUUUGGAAUCGCAAUCUAUUCCUAACACUCCUAAUUUACCUGAAGAAUCCUUAGAACAAAAUACAGACUUACAGAAGACAAAAAACCCUGAAAUAGACAUACAGCCUUUGAUAGAAGAAUUAAAAAUAGAAUCUUUAGUGGAAGAUACCAUUAAAGUUGUCAAUGUUGAUAAAAAUUCUACAGAUGAGCAAUCACUCACAAUCGAAUUGGUCUAUCUAUUUGAAAAAAUAAGCUUGGCAGAAAAUAAUACUAAACGAGCCAAGUGA